GCAAGGUUUGCUUACAUCAUCAAAGCCCCUCCUCUGCCUCUGCGAGGAAAGCUGCAUAUAUAGGUAGUCCUCUACAGGCUCUAGAUCUUGGAAUUGAGCGCAGGCCCGCAGGCCCAGGGCUAGCAUCGCCGGUGAAUCCCCAUGUCUAGCUGGUAUCCUAGCCUUAGCCUUAGGCUUACAUAGGUCUUCAGUAGCCUCCUAGGGAUCUUUGUUCUGCAACGAAACAGGGCGGCAGCCUGUCCUGUCUUUCUGACGGAGAUACCUAAGGAAAGCCACCACAGCGUGGUCCGCACUUUUCUUUGGAUCAGCUUGCUAGGUCCGUCUGUUCUCGGCAUUGAUCAGUGGGGCGCCGUCCCUGCAAUUCCCUCUAGAAAUGAAGCCCCCCCGGCAAAAUCCCGGGUCUGCUCUGAAGAAAUGGGGGGCCGCUGCGACGGUGCUGACCGGCCUUUGCCUGCUCAUCCUUUUCUUGACCUCCUCUAAGCACAACGAGACAGCUGUCCAGAUCCGGCAGACAGCUGUCACCUACCUGGGCGGGCAGGCAACCUCAAAUUCGAAGCCCAGCUUUAACAUAGAUCCGUACCCAUUCAUGGGACCGAUCGUGUGGAGCGCGAUCCACGCCCGCAUGCAAGCAGAGUACACAAUGAAUGGCGCGGUUCCUGUCACAGAAGCGUUCUACAAUGACUAUGUGCCAGACGCUUCGCUUCCGGUCUGGUCGACCGACACGAUCAACCAGUGGGUCGGGCUCGUACAGGCAAAGUCAACUGACUUCGGCACGUAUGGCAAGCAAGCGAUUGCUGACAUCAUGUCGGCAUUCGAUGCGCACCCUGUCAAGGGUAAAACGGUUCUGGUGGUGGGAAGCAUCACUCCUUGGGCGGAGGCAAUCGUCAUAGCCUAUGGAGCGGCACAGGUGUACACUGUUGACUUUAACAAGCCAAUUUGCGACGAUUUUAGGAUCAUAACCAUGGACAUUGCGGAACUAGACGCGAGCACAAUGACGUACGAUGUCGUGCUCAGUUUCUCGAGUCUGGAGCACGAUGGGCUGGGCAGGUUUGGGGACCCUAUGCACCCGCACGGGGAUAUAGAAAGGGUGAAGCGGAUCAAGACGCUUGUGAAGAAGGACGGCGGGCUGUUCUUCUUGGCGGUCCCCACGGGGAAGGACCACCUCGUCUUCAAUGCACACAGGGUGUACGGCCGAAAACGGCUUGCGCUCCUGUUUGAAGGCUGGGAGGUCAUGGGGAUCUACGACGACAAGACAUACUCGGAGUCCGUGUGGGACUCCCCGUACACGUGUACAAACGUGGCGGAGCCGUGCCCGCAACCAGUCCACGUUUUGCGGCUGCUAUAGCCGCCCCGGCCUUAUAUCAGACCGCUUAGAAAUGUAGACAAGGCGGUUAAGCUAAUUGCCGCAUGUGGACUCGUAGCGUUGGAAGCCGCUGCGCAAGAUGUUGCUAACAUAUAAGCAGACUCGCAAGUUGAUUGACUCGAAUGUGAUGGGGCCGCACGCACCGCACGGCAAAGCUGGAUCAUGCUUGACUUAGGUUACAUCGCCGGUCACUGGCCGUUCAGUUUUCCUCUGUUUAAUAGCUGGCCGUCAUGGCAAUUCGACAAUCAUAUUAAUACUUCAAUUACCGAAGGCGGACGUUUUACAGUCAUGCCCGCGCGGCUGUUCGAUU